GAAUCAAAUAUCUUCAACUGUUUUUCUCAUCUCCUUCCUUUUACUUGCACCUUGAGGUCUCGACCUCCAAACAAUGGCAGGAAUGGCUUCCUCCACAUUCACCCCCUCCUUCUGCUUCAGAUCUUUCGCUGUGGCCGCAUCGAACAAGGCUUCCUCUUCUUCUUCUUCUUCUCCGGCGGCUUUCAAGCCACUCAAGCUUCCUCUCUUUUGGCCAUGGCAGAAGGUGAAGAUGGGCCCUCUCAGUUUAUCUCCAAUGGGAUUUGGAACCUGGGCGUGGGGGAACCAGCUGUUGUGGGGCUACCAGGAAUCCAUGGACGCUGAGCUUCAACAGAUUUUCAAUUUGGCUGUGGAGAACGGAAUCAAUCUCUUCGAUACGGCGGAUUCCUAUGGUACUGGAAGAUUAAAUGGCCAAAGCGAAAAGCUACUUGGAAAAUUCAUCCGAGAAUCUCAAGAGAAAAAUGACAUUGUGAUAGCCACCAAGUUUGCUGCGUAUCCAUGGCGCCUGACGCCGGGCCAGUUUGUCAAAGCAUGCAAGGCGUCUUUGGAUCGGAUGCAGAUUGAGAAAAUUGGUAUAGGACAAUUACAUUGGUCAACAGCGAAUUAUGCUCCUUUGCAGGAGAUGGCUCUUUGGGAUGGACUAGUGGCAAUGUAUGAUCAGGGCUUGGUUCAAGCAGUUGGAGUGAGCAACUAUGGACCAAAGCAACUGGUGAAGAUACAUGACUACCUAAAAGAUCGAGGAGUUCCCUUGUGCUCUGCUCAGGUGCAAUUUUCUUUACUAAGCAUAGGAGACGAACAGUUGGAGACUAAGAAGAUAUGUGAUUCUUUGGGCAUCCGCUUAAUCGCUUACAGUCCUUUGGGGUUGGGAAUGCUUACAGGAAAAUACUCACCCUCCAAGCUUCCAUCUGGACCUCGAGGUCUUCUGUUCAGGCAAAUUCUACCAGGAUUGGAACCUUUACUGAGUACACUAGGGAACAUUGCAGAGAAAAGGCGCAAGACAAUACCACAAGUUGCUAUAAACUGGUGCAUAUCCAAGGGAACUAUACCCAUACCUGGAGCUAAGACAUUAAAACAAGCUCAAGAAAAUCUGGGGGCUCUUGGCUGGCGCCUUACGCAAGAGGAAUCGAACCUGUUGGAGGAUGGAGCUCGAGCGUCCACCGGGAGGAUGAUACAGAAUGUUUUCCAGACCAGGUGAACUUGGCAGCACCAGGUGGAAUAGUGAUGAGAGAAUGAAGAACUCAAAGGCAAAAAGAAGGGCAUACCCUCCUUAUCCAGGGUCUAUUUAUUUAACCAGCCGGAUUUUGGUACCGCCAAUGCCCACAAAGCUGGAGAAAAAGAGGAAAAGGCACAGCAAAGCAAAGCAAAGGCAUUGGCAUAGGGUGCUUAUUUCCUUAUUCUAUUCUAAUUCAGCUUGUCAUUCACUCAGUUUUAAGUUUUUGUUUCAAUCAUCAUUAGAAAGGUUUUCAAUGGAUAUGGCUCGAACCACUACGUUAUCCAUGUUCCGGUGAAAUAAUAGCACGUGCAGGGCUUAGGAUCAUUCUCGUUGAAAUUAAUGUUUUCUCUCUUCGACCUCGGUGUCGUUACAUCCUUUGUAUUCGCGAACAUCGCCUUAUCCAUCA